AUGCCGAACGGCUUCGGAUUUGCUCCAUCGGAAAGCAACUUCAUCGAGCCGGGAAAGAAGCCAAUGAGCAGCAUGAGUCCGAUGCUCGUCUACAAUCAAAAAACUAAAAAUUUAGUAAUGGUUGCGGGUGCAUCUGGUGGAUCAAAAAUAAUCUCAGCACUUGCUAAACCAGUUGUUCGAGUACUGUUUUUCAAUGAAAGCAUCAAGGAAGCUAUCGAUGCUCCAACGCUACACAAUCAAUUCACACCGGAUGUCACUCAGUUCGAGGAUACCGUGCCCCAGGAACUAAUGGAUGAUUUAACAGGGAUUUUUGGACAAAAAUUUAAACAUACCACCGGCUUCGAAGGCAUUGCUCAGGGAAUUGUCAUUGAUGACGAUGGUACUAUUUAUGCCAACGGCGACUAUAGACGCAAAAGCGAUAUGCAUCCUGGGGGAUACUAG